AAACUUUCAUAAUUCAGAUUUAGAAGUUACGUCCAGCUGACAGAUCUCCAAACGAAGAUAGUAAGCCCGCCCCAUUUUGGAGAAAUAUAUGGUUCUUUGCUGUACAAGAAUUCCCAGGGUCAGGUGCAGGUACUAAUACAUAGAGAAAAUACUUGCCUAACUGCUUUGCCUUCAGGUCCCCAUGGUAAAAGGUAGUGCUAGCUGAUUUGAAAGAAAGCUCAGGAGAAGGCCAAAGCAAAAUGGCAGCAUCGAAACUGAGAACAGCGUUAGUUAUUGGAGCCUCCAGAGGAAUAGGGCGCCAGAUUGCUCUGACUCUGGCAAAAAACAACUUUCAAGUUGGAGUAGCAGCAAAAACUGUUGUAGACAACCCUCUUAAGCUAUCUGGAACAAUUAUGGAAGUAUCCCAGACAAUUAAAGAAACUGAUGGCUUUGCAGUUCCUAUAAAGUGUAAUGUAAGGGAUGAAAAAGAAAUAGAAGUUGCGGUAGAUACUUGUCUGCAAGUGUACAAUGGAUUGGAUUUAGUUGUUUAUAAUGCAGGGGCAAUAAUGUGGAAUAAAGUUGUUGAAACACCACUGAAGAAAUUUGACUUGAUGAUGGAUGUGAAUGCCAGAGGGGCGUAUGCUGCUGUACAGAAAGUGCUCCCAUACAUGUUGGAGAAGAAACGCGGGAAGAUAAUUUUGGUGUCACCUCCAAUUUACAGCAGGUUCUUCAAAGGUAAAACCCCGUAUGCAGUAGGUAAAGUUGGUAUGACAGUCCUCACCCAUGGUCUGGCAGAGGAGCUGAAGGGAACAGGUGUGAGCAUCACUUCCCUAUGGCCAGCCACAGUUAUAGAAAGUCAAGUGACAGUGGUCAAGAAUGUGGAGCCAAGAUAUAUGAGGAAGUCCACCAUAUUUGCUGAUGCUGUUCUUAGCAUUGCCAAUGAAGAAAGUGAAAGACUAAAUGGCCAAGCUCUUAUUGACGAGGACUACUUGCGUUCAGUUGGUGUAACCGAUUUCGUCCAGUAUCGCUGUGAUCCAGACCACGAGCCUCCUCGCAUGAUGCCAAAGACAUUUCCAUCUCUUCUUGUAGAGGAGGAAGACCAGAACUUGAACAACAUUAUGGGACCAAAGUUAUAGAUUGUACAUUUCUCUGCUUUCAAGGAUCAUUACAUGUAUCUUUUGAUUUUAAAACCUAAAGGUUCUGACAGUCUGGGAGCCUGUUUUGCAAGAAGUCUAAAUUUUUUAGGCCUACCUUAGACUGACAUCACAUAACUGACCACAUAUAGUUGACUUUGUAACAUUGAUUCAAAAGUGAACUAUAUGGUCACCAUUGUGAGGAAAAUCAUUUUCAAGACAAUCACAAUGUGAUCUGGGAGCUUUAUAUCAACACAAAUAAAUGGCCUGUAAGAUUCCCACAUUCAUCUCGAGAAUGGCUUUAGUUAUUGGAGUCUCCAAGGGAAUGGGCCACCAGAUUGCUCUGACUCUAGUGAAAAACAACUUCCAAAUGGAACUGUUGUAGACAACCCUAAGCUUGCUGGGACAAUAAAAUCCUUUCAUAUCGAACCCCCUCAACAAUGACUUUUAAUACCUUCAGUAAAUUCCGUACAAUCUAUCAUAUUUAUUAUGUUUAACUUUCAGUUCAGUGAUUUUAAUAAUGCAUGAAGUUGCAUAUUUGGUUUAUUGCCAUGGUUUUUUCGGUAUAUUUAAAGACUUUUUUCUAACAACCAGCGAGUUUUUCUUAGCUUUAGCAGUCUGAGAGCCUGGACUCUUUUCUGUGGGACGUAGGAUGCUAAAUAAAGAUUAAGUCAUUGAAUCCUAGAUCCGUGAGAUCGCGUUACCCAUGUGAAAGUUUAAAAUGGAUGGCCAAUUUUAGCUUUUCUAAUUUUUGUGCAUUCCUGGAUCAGGUGCAAAUGUGCAUAUGUGUGCAUCUCAUUGCUUGUUCAUUUCAUGCGUGUGAGUGAGGAACAUUAAUUGAUUUUGAAUUUAUAUCUGAAUACAGAAGUGUUCUGUUGCCUGUCAGCAUGUAGGAAUGCACAAGCUAUAUAAAUCUGUCUGUAUAUAUAGCUGUCCUAGUAUAUCAGGUGAUAACACAAGUGAAUAACACUACUCAGACUACUGUGUCACAUGCCAGUGUCUAUAUUUGACCUCAAGCUCAUCAUAGAUAUAGCUUACAUGCUGUAGUUUGGCUUAAGAGAAUACAAACUGUCCUCUCUUAAAACUUAAAAAAAAAAACUUGCAGGAUGACAAUGGAUUGUUGGAUAAAAAAUAAUGGGGGCCAGUGACAUUUGUUUGAUUAGAAUAAAUAUU